AAACAGCAAUCCUCAAUGGUGGUGAAUGAGCCGUGUAUGUGUGUACGUGUGUGUGUGUGAAGGUGGUGGGGGUUUCGACAGCAGCAGGACAGCAGCUUCUUCACAUGGCUCAUUACUGGGGGAUCCAGCAGUCUAUGGGAAAGCGGUAGAGAUACCAGCCUUCACCAUCCCCAUAUCUCUGAGUCGGACUUUGAAGUCAUUAGAAAUGCCACUGAUUCCCGAUACGCCCCUUGGCCUGGUCAGAAAAGUCUGGUUCGACAUCCAACUAUGUUUGGCUUGGCAUGGCAGGGAGGGCAACCAGGAGCUAUCCAUGGCAUCUUUCAUCCGCCAGAGAGAUGAGGAUGGGGUCGAACAUGUCAGCCUGGCACACAAUCCACAAACUAAGAAUCAUAAAGACCCAAAUGACCCAGACAAGGUUUGCCUGGCCCGAGGAUCUGCUGUGUCCAGUUGCAAGUUUCAAGAGAUAUAUUUCCAAAUCAGAUGCCAAAUCUUUCUACCUCCACCCGAAGCAUGCUGUUGCCUCCGAUGUGUGGUACAGCCAGGAGCCGAUGGGUGCCCACUACCUCGAGAACAUGUGGAACAAGAUCAGCGAAAAAGGUGGGUCUUUCGCAGGUCAACACAUACCACAGCUUCGCUGUGGCGCUGGAGGUUGGCUCUCGAAUGCCGGCCUGGAGAGCCAUCAGAUAAUAUCGGUGACAGGCCAUCGAUGCGAGGGCAGCCUGCAGGCUUACUGGGCCCGUUAGUGUGGGAGAGACGAUAA